UAAUAAAUGAUCAGAAGGGAGGAUAACACAGGAUUACACCUCACCCUCCUAAAUAUGAUGAUGAUAAUAAAGAACAUCAAUUCAUGAAUAAAUAAUAAAAUUAAUUAAAUCAACCAUAAUACAUUGUGUGUUUAUUGGAGCUUGUUGGAUAAAUCUCAAAUAUGAGCAAUAACAGUAGUUUAAUAUCUGAUAACUUUAACACAGAUGAUAUUGAAGAAGUCAACCACUUUCUGACCACUAUUCCUACAGUGCUUAUAAUACUGAUGUGUCCUAUUAUAAUAUUUACAAACGUUCUAACAAUAACUGCAAUAAGGAAAUUCUAUUAUCUCCAAACACCAGCCAACAUGUAUGUGCUGUGUCUAUCAUGUGCCGAUUUACUUUUAGGAAUAUCCAUGCUUUUCUGUACAUUCCGAGUCUUUAACCCCAAGGUAUUGAAUUUUGAAGGGGAUGCUACAGAGAAAAACUCAUGCUUAAUUUGCUUGGGUAUGAUGGUUGGAUCUGCGGCAGUGUCUUAUUUAACAUUGACUGCCAUGGCAGUUGAUCGACUCAUAGCCGUCACACGGCCAUUUCUCUAUGAGAGAUAUUUCUCAUUAAAAGUUGUUAGAUUCAACAUUGUGCUUUUAUGGAUCCUUGGCUUUAUAGGCAUGACCGUUAUUUGCACACAUGAUAGUUGGGAACCGGGGAAGGCAUGUCAUCUGUCUAAAACCCUUCAACGACUGAUGCUAUCUAUUUUCCUGUUCAUCCCAUGCAUCAUCCUGACACUGAUAAUCAGUGGAUCUUAUGCCAGGAUCAUCUUCACUGUUCGACAGCAACAACAGAGGAUCACGAUACAAAACAAUGCGAUAUUAUCCUCAGAUGUUUUAAUGGAACAAAAGAGACAAGCGAGUUUGAAACUAGCGAAGACCAUGCUAACUGUCUAUGGGGUCCUUCUGCUAUGUUAUACACCUUUCAUUAUUGUCACAUUACUGCAAGCUGUAUUAGGGAAUGAUCAUUUUGGACUUUUGAUAUUUAAUAAGUAUGCCGAUGUGUUAGUUAGUUGUAAUUCUUUCAUUAAUGCAUUGAUAUAUGGAUGGAGAAUGCCAGACUUUAGAAGAGCAUAUAAACAAUUGCUCUGUGGGCAAUGUAGGACCAUGUGAAGAAAAGAAGGACAUAU